GGAUUUAACUGAAGCAACAAAAAGGUUUAAUUUGGAUGUGAAACUGUUUAUUUAUGGAACAGUAUCCUAAUAUGACAAUACUUCUCCACCCUUGUCAUUUAGUGCUCUUUAAGCACGUUUCCCACUGGAACCAGUUCUCUUUUCUUUCUUCCGUAGCAUGAAAAUUGUUCCAAUCGACGACCCGUAUUUAGAUACCGGAAGUGUCGUUGUUUACGGAAUCGGGAGAAAUGUCAUAACGCAAGAGUAAAGCUAAGCUACGGAAUUACUUUUUCUACUAAGCCUGAGUUCUAAAUACACGAUAUGUAAAGAAUGCGAUCAUUUAUGUCAAAAAUCUCAAGCGAGCUUAUGUUUUUUUCCAAAUUAAAUAGUGUCCAGAAUCCGUUAAACAUAAAUCAGAACUAAUGGAGCGAGCUAGUUGCAGCUAACGUUAGCAUGACACUUUGUUUAAACAGCAGGGUUCAUGAAAGCAACCAAGCUGUAAACUCGGACAACCGAUACAAUCCAUAAAUCAUUAACUACACAAAAAGCACGUGUAAGAAACGGACACAUCUACCUUAGAGACACCGACUUUAGCUGUAGCCAGUCAACAACAACAGGCUUUGAAUUGCCAGUCAUUUUUUCUCCUCCUUUUCCGUUUAUUAAAAAGACUUUAAGCCACAGCGAAGUUAUAAUGGCGGAGACUAUACUAACGUUUCAGUCACAGCUUUCUGGCGUCAUGGAGACGGUGUUCAAGGCUGCUAUGUAUGAGAUCACCCGGUUGGUGGAGGACAGUUUUUUGGAAGAGGUAACGCGGUGCCGGGAGCAGGUUGAGUCCUUAAAGAGACGACUGAAGUGGUCGGAGACUCGUCGCAAAGAACGAGAGGGAGACUGGAGAGGGAGAUGCAUUGACUGUGGAAAAGUCGGGAUAUCCAGUGAGAACCAACCCAGAACCUCAGAGAAAAGCCUGAAACAGGAGAUUGUGCUUCAUGAAGAAAUAAAUAGUUCCCAGGGAGCUGAUGGAUGUACACUGAGCCAUGAGAAGGAAGGAGAGGAAAAAAUAGAGCGCCAAAGUGCCACAAAAGCAACGCAGUCAUCAGGUAUUCAAGGCACUGGACUGUUCAAGGAAGAAGCUCUUCAGAUCCAACCAGAAAAUGAUGAGUCGCAAGGGUGGCACAUCAGCUUAGAUGAAGCAGAUGUGUCAGCUCUUCCAGGACCCAGUAAAUGUUUUAAUGACCAAAAGAUCCCAAAGUGCCAAGUAAAUUGGGAAACUGGAUUUGAGCAGAGAACAGAAUCAAACAAUGAUGGACAUUCGGGUGAACCGACUGAACCUCUGUUCCCAAACAGGUACGGCAUGGAAGACUUAGAUGGCAUUGACAAGUCUGGAUAUGGAGACACUGGAAUGAUAGACAUGGGUAAUUUUGAUGGGAUACAUUCACCAUCGCACCUGGGCAAAGAUCUGAGUUAUGUGGGCCAUUAUGAUGAGGAUGUGGAAACACCAGAAGGAGCUGAUCAUCAAACUUACCAAACAGGCACUCAGCGGAAUAGAAAGGAUCAGGAAGGUUCACCCUCAGGUUCCCCCUCUAGGACUAACAUUGAUGUAAGUGGAGAGUUCAGCUGUUUACUAAUUAAUGAGGAGGGGUAUCUGCAGGACACAAAUGUCUUGUACCCUGAACAAGUGUCCAGUGAUUCAGGUAGUAGAUUCAGCUUCCGCGGCCAGGGUAUUCGUAUUGGCCCUUCUCUAGACAGCACUGAGGAUAUGUAUGAGCCUUCAGAUACGUACAGCGAUACCUUAAACGUGGGACAACAGAUGCAACCUCAGGCAACAGUGAGAGGAGCAAGGAGAUACACUUGUAACCAGUGCUCCAUGUCCUUUCCGGAUUCUGCUUCCCUCAAGGCUCACAAACACACACACAAAGGCACUGGACAAGUGCCCCCAUACUCCUGCAACCAGUGUGGAAAGACCUUUACUCAAGCUUGUAACCUUAAAGUCCACCAAAGGACUCAUUUAGGGCAAGGGGUUCACCUCUGCAGCCAUUGUGGUAAAGGUUUUCCUUCAUUUUCUGACCUAAAGGCACACAAAUGUGGUCAAGUAGGGGACAAGCCAUAUUGCUGCACAGUAUGUGGGAAUAAGUUCAGCCGUCUAUGGAAUCUUAAGUUGCACCAGAGAAUUCACACACAGGAAAAACCUCAUCGGUGCACCAUGUGUGACAAGAGCUUCACAAGAGCAGACAUAUUGAAGGUUCACCAGCGUACCCACACAGGGGAAAGACCAUACUGCUGCACUGUUUGCGGUCUCAGCUUCAAACGCCUGGAUCAUCUGAAAUCCCAUCAACGCAAGCACAUGACAGAUCUAUAAUUCCUUGGGAGAAGAAGUAUCAAAUUAUUUAAUAUUAUUUGUGCUAUCUGAAGGUUUAAGUGAAUAUUUAUAUUAAUGAGCCUGUGAUGGAUAGAUAAGGUCUAUCACAUUCAGUUAAACAAGUCUCAUUUGUAAUCAGUUACUGCUGCAUAUUUUAUACUCAUUAAAAAUAUACUGCCUUGGAGUAUAACUGAAGAACUUGACCAACAAUAUCUUUGUGAUUACUCAGCUGAUUGAAAAUAAAACUGGCUUUAGAUGCCAUCGUCUGUU